UUAAGCAGUUUGAAGGCUCCUUGAUCGAUGAAAAGGAUGUUUUUAAGUUAACUUGGACUAGUUUUGAAGGCAGUUUCAAUAUCUAAUUUAACGAGUUUGCCUGAUUAUAUAGAUCUUGAUUUUUUAUUUUUAUUUUUUUAUUUUUCCGUAUGUGUCUGUAUCUUCUCUAGUCAAUUGUGGUGGAAGGCCCUUGGCCUUGUUUCUGGGUUUAUUUAUUUGGGUGCAUUUUCUCUUUUUUGUGGGUUGCAUUAUUAGUGUUCAUGGAGUUGUUAUCACUUGAUGUUCAAGUUAGCCAAUCCAGUUUUUUGUUUGAGGGCGUUCUAGAUCAUGAAAUUCUUUUUACCAGGAAGUUGAUAAACUUGUGUUCCACUUAAUGUGUAUUAUGAUUUAUGUUUGUACUGAUUUUUUUAGAAAGCAAUAAAAGGAAACAAAUUGUAUACAUUAGUGUUUUAUGUGUUUUAGAAAGUCAUAUUUGUGAUGGUAUUUCGUAUUCUUUAUUAGUUAUGCUUCAUCCUUUCAGGAGUUAUCAUGAUUUUUCGAAAUUAUAUAGAAGGAAGAAGUGUACAUUUUACCAAUAUGGUUAAUGAUGCCGAAGAUGAUAAUUCAGUCACCAAGCCCCUUGGCAGAUUAUCUGUCUUUUAUUAUGGCGUGGGGCACAUGCUUAAUGACAUUACUGCUUCCUGUUGGUUUACUUAUCUCUUAUUGUUCUUGACAGAUAUUGGACUUUCUCCACGGAAUGCUGCUAUUGUUAUGCUUUCCGGACAAGUUGCCGAUGGAUUCACAACCAUAUUUGCUGGUGAACUGAUAGACAGGUUUGGACAUUUCAAAAUAUGGCAUGCUGCGGGCUCUAUUUUGGUUGCUAUUUCAUUUUCAUCUGUUUUUGGUGGUUGCUUACCUUGUACGAUUUUUGCUACCUCUUCAUCAACAUUAGAAACUGUUAGUUAUAGCACAUUUGCAGCAAUCUUUAAUGUGGGUUGGGCUGCUACACAGGUUUCUCACAUGUCUAUGGUGAAUUGCAUCACACUGAAUUCAACAAGUAGAGUAGUGCUGGCUAGCUGUCGAAAUGCUUUUACAAUGGUUGCCAACCUCAGCCUGUAUGGAGUUGCUUUAAUAGUCUUCAAUGUCACUCCAGCAAAAACACAUGCAGAUAUUCAAAAUCAGUACCGCUGGAUAGCAUAUUUGUCAAUUUUCAUUGGGUGCUGCUUUGUGGGUAUAUUCCAUCUUGGAACCAAAGAGCCAAGACUAAAGGUAGGCAUACAAGGAAACAGUCAUGCAAGGAUAUCAUGGACGUACUGGUUCAAGAGAGUUUUAUAUUAUCAGGUUGCUAUUGUUUAUGUGCUCACUAGGCUGGUACUUAAUGUUUCACAGGCGUAUCUUGCAUUCUAUGUAAUUAAUGACCUGCGGAUGGCACAAUCAGCUAAAGCUUUGGUUCCUGCAAUCAUCUACAUAUUUAGCUUCAUCAUAUCAGUUACUUUACAGGAGAUUUCAUGGACUGGCCAACGUCUCAAGGCCUAUUAUACUGCCGGAGGAAUUCUUUGGAUAUUUUGUGGUGCGGGGAUACUUAUUUUGCCUAGAAAUUUGAGUGGCUUCAUGUACAUUGUGUCAAUAUUUAUUGGUGUAGCAAAUGCUUUAAUGACGGUGACUGGAGUAAGUAUGCAAAGUGUUCUAAUUGAUACAGAUCUCAAUGGCUGUGCAUUUGUUUGUGGGUCAUUGAGCUUCUUGGACAAAAUCUCAUGCGGGAUUGCUCUAUAUGUUCUUCAGUCUUAUCAACGUAGCUCUCUGGCCAUGCAGGGAAGUAGUACAGAUGGUUACUACGUUUCAGUAACAAGAGUUGGUUUAGGUCUUCUUCCAGCAAUCUGUGCUCUUGUCGCAGUGGUGGUAACAUAUAGCAUGAACCUUCACCGUCCCCUUCCAAAACCUUUAAUAGAGCCAUUGUUGGUAUAAUGCCCGAAAAAUAUAGAAGAUAACCAUUGAUAUUCAAAAUCAUUGUAACAUAUUACAGAAAUUGCCUGAUCUUUCAAGAAUGUGCCUGAGAUGGACCAAGGAGAUUUCAGAAGAGAGUUCUCAUGAAAGUGCCACGGUGAACAGGGUUAACAGGACAACAAAGCAUUUGUUUCAUUUUAAUUCUUUUGUUCAAGGACUGCAAUCUUCCAUGUGGAACUUUCUUUAUAGGAUAUUGUUUUUGUGUAUACAUAAAAUUUGCGAUAUAUUUUUUUGCAUUCGUUGAUAGAUAGUUAGUUCUUUUUCA